UUUCCAGCUUCUUCCCCAAGAAAUAAGAAUUGACUUUGUCUAAGCAAAUGGCGUCACUUUAACGUCAUUACCUAGAAUGCAAUUAAGAUAUGGCUUUUACAUAAGCCACCAAAAUUGGUUCAAAAUAUCCCAAGAAAACAACAAUUGUACCUUGAUUUUCUUUCUUCUUCUUACCAAAUCUGUCGGCAUCGUCUCUAAUCUAAGCUCCUCCUAUGGAAGAAGAAGAAGGUCAUCAGCAGCGUCGCCGCCUCUGCGACUAUUGCGACUCCUCCGUGGCUCUUGUCUACUGCAAAGCUGACUCCGCCAAGCUCUGUCUCGCCUGCGACAAGCAAGUCCACGUCACCAACCAACUCUUCGCCAAACACUUCAGGUCACUUCUCUGCGACUCCUGCCACGACUCUCCCUCUUCCCUCUUCUGCGAGACGGAAAGGUCUGUUCUUUGCCAGAACUGCGACUGGCAACACCACACCGCCUCUUCCUCCCUUCAUAGCCGCAGACCCUUUGAAGGUUUUACCGGCUGUCCCUCCGUGCCUGAGUUGUUGGCAAUCGUUGGCCUCGAUGACCUCACUCUCGAUUCCGGUUUGCUUUGGGAGUCACCGGAGAUCGCUAGCCUCAACGACCUUGUUGUGUCGGGCGGGUCGGGUACUCAUAACUUCCGGGCCACGGAUGUUCCUCCUCUGCCUAAGAACCGUCACGCCACCUGCGGUAAAUACAAAGACGAGAUGAUCCGACAGCUCCGUGGACUAGCGAGAUCCGAGCGGACUUGUCUGAAAUUCGAAACCCGGGAAGCUGAGAUGGAUGCCGGAUUCCAGUUCCUGGCGCCGGAUUUGUUUUCUACAAGCGAGCUGGAGAGUGGACUGAAAUGGUUCGAUCAGCAAGAUCAUGAGGACUUUCCAUAUUGCUCUCUGCUAAAGAACUCGUCAGAGUCAGAUGAGAAACCUGAGAAUGUAGACCGAGAGUCUUCUUCGGUGAUGGAGGAGGAGAUUGUGAUGGUGCCCGUUUGCACUAGUACAAGGUCGACGACACAUGAGAUCAACAGUCUUGAGAGGAACUCUGCUCUCUCUCGCUACAAAGAAAAGAAGAAAUCUCGAAGGUACGAGAAACACAUCAGGUAUGAAUCACGCAAGGUUCGUGCAGAAAGCAGGACAAGAAUCAGGGGACGUUUCGCCAAGGCAGCAGAUCCAUGAAUGAUGUGUCCAAUUACUUUGAUAACCAAAAAGAACUUUUGUAUUAUUAAUGGAAUCAUAUAAUAAUGUCUAUGAUCAGAUAAGUUUUUGUUAUUCUAAGCUUAGGAGUUUACCACUGUAUAUCGACCACACUCUCAAAUAGUCACUUAAGAAACCGUCUGUUUUUUUUUUGUUUUGCCUACGAUUCCUAAUUUGCCUAAGGCAACAUGGAGGAUCACAGAACAAAACAUGGAUCACACUUAUAUACAACUACACAAGCAAGCAGCAAAAGAUGCAGCUUCUUGUUUAUGAACCACGGAGAGAUAGACUUGUUGUAAUGUUAAAAAGUGAGAUUGGACCCAUAAGAAUACGAGAUCCAUCGAGCUGUAAUUAAUAUUAUGGACCAAUGGAAAUCUGAGAUGUAAUGUGA